UAUAUAUAAAAAAGAGACCUUAUGGAUUAAAAAACUAAAGUAGAAGUACAUUAAUAAAAUAAUAAAGCAGGCUGAUCAAUGUGAUCACUAACAUAAAUAUUUUAAAUAGAGUUUGCCCUUAUAAUUAAGUUAAAUUAUCAACAUUAGAUUAAACUAACCUCGUUAAGAAGAACGUAGAUAUCAUUCAGAAACACUUAAAUAAGUAUUAUAUUUUCAGAAAAGUUAUUUAGUAAGCUAAAGCUUUUGACAUAAAUAAAUGGUAAGAAAUGGUGGAUAAAGAUGAAUUAUAUUAAAUGUCAUUGACAGGACAUUUGAUUAAAGCAAUACAAUUGUAAGAUGGGAAUGCCACAUUAAAUAAUCUAAUAAAUGUUACAGAACCAUAUCUACCAUUUUUAAGAAAGUAGAAUGGAAAAAAUUUUACAGGAAUGGCUACAAGAACUGUGAAAGGAUGUUUAUCAGCAGUAGUUUUUAAAAGAAAUGAUGAAUCAACUUGGUCAGUAGAUGAUACUAAAGUAGAAGAAUUUAUUAGUUAAGCUAAUAAGAAGCUAUUUUAAUUCUUCGAGAAACUAAAGAAAAACUUUCCAAUUUAUGAUAAUAUUAAAUUAGAUAGUAAUGGUAGAAAAACAAAAAAAAGAAUAAAAAUAGAAUAGAGAAGAGAUGAUGAUUAAUACAAUGAUAGAUUUUAACCUUACUUUAAUUAAAAAUUAGAUCCUCAAGAUAAUAUUAAAAUUGAAAAUCAUUAUUAAAAUUUUGAUUAAAAUGCUAAUUUGAAAAUAAAUUCAGAGUGGCAUUAUUCAAUAAGUGACAAUAUUUUUAAAAGUUUAUAUUGUUUAAGAUAAGGAGAAAAGAUAGAUGAUCAAUUUUUAGGUAACUUGAUAGGAUUCUACAAUAUUAAACAUAUAUUAGAUAGAAUGUCAGAAUGUUAAAGAUUUAUUGAUUGAUAUCAUAAAAAUGUAUUAUAUAUUAUAAUUAAAAUGAGAAAUAAUCAUAUUAAAGAUAAUAAUUAGAGUCUAUAACAUUUAUCAAUGAUCCUAAUUGUACUUUGAGAUUUAUAUUAAAAUAAUCUAUAGUAAAUACAUUAGGAUCUUCCAUAAUAAAUAUAAAAUUAAAAUCAACAUCCAACUAUAUUUAAACAUAAUGUAGAAGUCAAAAAAGUUAUUAAUAAACUAAAUAAUACCUAUAUUAAAAAGGAUUCCAUAAAACUGGUAUACAUAGAAUAUAAGAUUUCAGAUAUAAAUAGAUGCUAGAACUUAUUAAAUAGAAUUUGUUUUCGAAUGUCUAGAACAACCUAUGACACUAAAAAUAUAUUUAUUAGCUGUUGAAAUAAUUAAUAAUGAAUUUAUAACUUAAAAUAUAAAUGUCUUUUAAUAAUAGACUUACCAUUAUAAACCUGUUUCAUUAUAUAAAUUUCAUAAUUUUUCAAUUUGA